AUGUUGGAAGAUCAGCAUGUUGAUAGCUCUGCUCAAGAGGGAGGUGAUGAAGAUCACGGUGAUGUAGUUGAUGCAAAGCCAGACAGAAGUAGCAGGUUCUUAAUUUUUGGAAAGAAAAAAAAGAAGAAUGGAGAAGAAGAACAGCCAAAGUCCUCUAUCAGUAAUCAGUACCGAAUUGUUACACCCACAUUCCAGUAUAAUAUGGACUACAAGAAAGUUGGCAAAUGUAUUAUUAUAAACAACAAAAAUUUUGAAGACAAAACAGGAAUGGGUACACGCAAUGGCACUGAUAAAGAUGCUGGGGACCUAGCUAAGAGUUUUAGAAACUUAGGGUUUGAUGUUUACACCUACAAUGACCGAAGCCGUGGUGAUAUGGAAAAAUUACUGAAGCAAGCUGCUGAGGAGAAUCACAGUGAUGCUGCUUGUUUUGCCUGUAUCCUUCUAAGCCAUGGGGAAGAAGGCCUCAUCUAUGGCACUGAUGGACCCAUGGCUAUCAAGAGUUUGACUGCGCUGUUCAGAGGAGACAAGUGUAAAAGCCUUAUAGGCAAACCCAAACUAUUUUUCAUUCAGGCAUGCAGAGGCUCUGAAUUUGAUGAUGGUAUACAAACUGACUCUGGACCUGCAAAUGACGCUCUGGAAACAGAUGCCAAUCCAAGAUACAAGAUCCCAGUAGAAGCAGAUUUUCUGUUUGCAUAUUCCACAGUGCCAGGUUAUUACUCCUGGAGGAAUCCUGGAAGAGGCUCCUGGUUUGUGCAGUCUUUGUGCUCUGUGCUAAAUGAGCAUGGAAAACAACUUGAGAUCAUGCAGAUCCUGACACGGGUCAACUACGUGGUUGCCACAAAUUUUGAAUCCCAGUCAGAUGAUCCACGCUUCAGUGAGAAGAAGCAGAUUCCCUGUGUGGUCUCUAUGCUCACUAAGGAACUUUACUUCUGAAAGCAUAUUUUAAUGCAGCCAGUGAUGAAAGAUCAGGAUAUGGUUUUGGGUGGAGAUUUGAUUAUA